AUGCCUCGCCAAGGAGACGGAUCUGCCGACAACGCGAUCGACCCCGGCCACAACAUCAUCCACGGCGCCGGCAAGGAAGAGUCCACCCGCGUCGCCCGCGCCGACAAGACAGCGCCUAUGCCCGAGCCCUCCAAGGGGGCCGGUCUCGAGCAGGCACCCGCGACGGCGGGGACAAGCCAGGGGAAGGACCAGGGCGGCAGGAGUUCGACGAACUAA